AUGUCCUAUCAGGGGCUGUCCAUGGUUGAUGGGAUAUCGGCGCAAGUUGGAGGCCUGUGCUGGGAUGUCGCACUACUCUGUAUGCUGCGGCCGCUGCAUCGAAUGCUGCUUUUCUUCCUCUUCCUCUUCUGCUUCCUCCCUCCUUACUGUACUGUGCUGGACUCAAAGCACAACCCUGGCCGUCUCAGUCCCUUUACUGCUCUUCUCUUACUCGCACACCCUCCUUUAUUUCGUUCUUUAAUUCCCAUGUCACCCUCCCACGCCAUCUCGGUUCUGACGGCACGACCCUCCAGCUUCCCCUCCAUUCCCAAGAUUCCUUCUUUCCAGCGGACUAAUACUGGUAGUGCGUAUCCGCUGAAAAGAAAAGGAAGAGGCCAAAAAGUACCAACGACAUUCUUCUCGCCCGCUAGCCCCACGCCAUUUGCUGCCAUGUGGCCUCGUCAAGAUAUGGUUGAUUAUGCUUACAAGUAUGCGAACAAGCCCCCCAUGUCAGUCCAGCCGUUGAGCUGA